UCCCCCAAAGCCUGUCAGGCAAGGGCUGGAAGUAGGUUCCAGGGCAGUUCAGUCCUGGAGUCCCUGCCAAACUUGAACUAGCAGUGCCCACGAGACCAGCUGCUUCCAAACCUCUCACUUGUGGGUUCAGCCUUCCACACGGAGACUGUAUCAGCAACCCAUUCAAAGUGAAUCCUUCAGAGGGAGAAGACGGUGAAUCAGUCAGGACUGACUGGCAUCUGUGAGGAGAGGGAGUGCGUGUGUGGGGCUGGGUGAGGGAGAGAGAGCGCACGCUUGGGUUAAGGGACGAUCUGAUCUAUGAUUUGACAGCCUUCUUGCGGCUGCUGCUGCUGCUGCUGGGGCUCCUGCUCCUGCUGCUGCUCCUGCUCCAGCUCCUGCUGCUGCUGCAGCUGCUCUCUGGUCUGUCAGAGUUGAAAAGGGCUGGGAGGUUUAGAGGAACUGCAGUUCUAAGCACUGAAUGCUGCUAAGUGGCCUCUCUGUCAGUGUCAGAGAUUUUCUGCAGCGCUGGAAACUUGGACCUCCUUCAUCUGCUCAGACAAGCAAGCAGCUCGGCAGUAGAUAAGAGCAUAGAUCCACUGCGAUAAAGGUGGGCACCGAAGAGAAGAUGUUUUAAGAAGUUGCUGUUUCAGAGAAACUUCAAGCCACCGAUGAUGGAAAACGAGACAGCCAGUGAACUGAACCAAACCCAGCUUCAGCCACGAGCGGUGGUGACCCUUGAAUAUCAAGUGGUCACCAUCUUACUUGUACUCAUUAUUUGUGGUCUGGGCAUCGUGGGUAACAUCAUGGUGGUGCUGGUGGUCCUGCGAACCAAGCACAUGAGGACUCCCACAAACUGCUACUUGGUGAGUCUGGCAGUGGCUGACCUCAUGGUCCUGGUGGCUGCAGGUCUUCCCAACAUAACAGACAGCAUCUACGGUUCCUGGGUCUAUGGCUAUGUUGGCUGCCUGUGCAUUACUUACCUUCAAUACUUGGGAAUUAAUGCAUCCUCUUGUUCAAUAACAGCCUUUACCAUUGAAAGGUACAUAGCAAUUUGUCACCCCAUCAAAGCCCAGUUUCUCUGCACAUUUUCCAGAGCCAAAAAGAUCAUCAUUUUUGUCUGGGCUUUCACAUCCAUUUAUUGUAUGCUCUGGUUCUUCCUGCUGGAUCUCAACAUUAGCACCUACAAAGACACUACUGUGGUAUCUUGUGGCUACAAGAUCUCCAGGAAUUACUACUCACCUAUUUACUUAAUGGACUUCGGUGUUUUUUAUGUUGUGCCAAUGAUCCUGGCCACUGUCCUCUAUGGAUUCAUAGCUAGAAUCCUCUUCUUAAAUCCCAUUCCUUCAGACCCUAAAGAAAACUCUAAGACAUGGAAAAAUGACUCAACCCAUCCGAACAAGAAUGUGGAUUUAAAGACCUCUAACAGAUGUUUCAACAGCACUGUGUCUUCAAGGAAGCAGGUCACCAAGAUGCUGGCUGUGGUUGUAAUCCUUUUCGCCCUUUUGUGGAUGCCCUACAGGACUCUUGUGGUUGUCAACUCAUUUCUCUCCAGUCCUUUCCAAGAAAAUUGGUUCUUGCUCUUUUGCAGAAUUUGCAUCUAUCUCAACAGUGCGAUCAACCCAGUGAUUUACAACCUCAUGUCCCAGAAAUUCCGUGCAGCCUUCAGAAAGCUCUGCAACUGCAAACAGAAGCCAAAAGAAAAGCCAGCUCACUACAGCGUGGCCCUCAGUUACAGCGUCAUCAAGGAGUCAGACCACUACAGUACAGAGCUGGAGGACAUCACUGUCACAGACGCUUACUUGUCUGCCACUAAAGUGUCUUUUGAUGAUACCUGCUUGGCUUCGGAGGUAACCUUUAGCCAAAGCUGAUUUGUGAAGUACGAGAAAAUGGACCACAAAAUAAAUGAGAAUCUCUUCAGUUACCAACAAGAGAGGACACAGCCAAUACUCAAAUAGGAAGGCAGGCCAGUCUUUGCCUCUGCUCUGCCAAUCCUGGUCAUAAAUACCUACUCCAUGAGAAUGAUUCAGAUUUUCCUUCCUACAGAGUUCGUGUAGCAAAAACAAAACAAAACAAAAAAAUAGGGUAAAUUUAUAAAAUAGCUAAAUGGUGAAAGCUAAAAGUUUAGCCCCUUUUAUUUACUUGGAGAAAUCGCUAAAUUUUCUGGGGUUAUGGAAUUACAAUAGAUUCUGAAUACCAAUUUACAUCAUUCAUAAGAAUCUUAUCAAAUGUGAUUUCCCUUAAAAAGUUAUUCAUACAUUGGUAAUUUGUCAGCUCAUAAACUUUUAAAUGUUUUAUUUAGGAUUUCCUUUUCAUAAAGUACAAGGUUUUUCAUGAAUAUCUGAUACUAUAGAGAAAAGUAAGGAAAAAUUCAGUUACUGAUUAAAAAUGAGAUUUCAGACAUAUUCAAUAUAUUAAAAAUACUGUCAUAAUGUUUAUGAUGUUUAGAAAUUCAAAGUAUUUUUUACAAAAUAGACUCGUCAUACAACUUCACUCUGUAAAAUGAAUGUCAAAAUACACAAAAGUACCAAUUGAGGAAACAUAAUUUAAACUUGAGAUAAAUCCAACUCUUAACAACUGUUCAAGCCUCCUAAACGUUGGAUGAAAGUACAGAAAUAUUCAAAUUAAAUGACUGUGGAGAUACAAAUUGACAUACAAUGUAGAAAUGUAUACCCAACACAAAAUCUUUUUUAAAAAGGAUUCACUUUAUCUCUGAAACUUGUAAGGAAGAAAAUCUUUUUUGAACUUGCUUCUGUGUAAACUACUGAGCCAAGUCAAGAAAAUCCUUCUAGCUGAACCUAACACAAAGUCUGAAACAUCCCCAAAAGCUUAGUGUUAGCCAAAAUCUGGCUACUAUACCUCCACGCGAAGACCUCCCAUUUCACGGAGACCUGUCUGUCACUGUUUUUCCUUUGUGCCCAUCUGUUAUUUGUAGGUUUAUUUUCAAAUGCUAGCAAUAUUUUUGUUUACAGAUUCCAAAUCAAAAUGAUGUGGAAGUCUGUUAGCUUUAUUUUUAAUGGACACAAAAUUGAUUUCAUACUAUUUUCAGUAUCUUUAUAUUUUUGACUUAAACCUACGAUUCCUAUGAUUAUUAGACAGGUGUGAAUGCUCUUCCACUUGGGACCUACUCUAAUCUUUCUUCAAAUGACUCAUUUACUGAGUUUUGGCUAAUCAGACUCAGAGUAUAAAUCAGGUACCCUCAGUGAUAGCUGAGGAAUUACUGACUUUUAAUCAAAAAGUAUCUGUACUUUCGAGUACCCCAGCCUAUCCCCCUAUUUCAUGAAUUUUUCUGGAACUUAGUUGCUAAUGAUAAUUCCCUCCCCCAUCUUCUUAAAACAGGAAGCACCAUUCUGUUUCCAAAUGUUGCUUCAUGAAGAGUCUGCCAUCAGAAUCGAAGUCCAGAAUGUGUUCCUAUGAAACAUAGCCUGACAUCUACUGCAGGAAGACAUUGUUAUCUUGUCACCAUUGUAGAAAACAAAUGCAAGCAAUUAUUCACAAAAGAUAAUACUGAAAGUCUAUUUUCAUGACACUAAAGAGUCCAUUUGAACUUGAAUUAAAUAAUGCUUUUGAAGCACUACAGUGAUACAACCCCAAGUCACAAAGCACCUGUGUAGAUGUGCACAAAUGCAUACAUGUAUGUGUAAACCAAGGGAUUGGAAUAUAUUAGAAAUUUUUUUCACUAAGAGAAAGGACAAACAUCACUGAGCACCUGCCAUGUCUUGGGCUUCCUGGUAAGUCAACAUCAUUGUCAGUACAGGGUCACCACAGCCAUGCCUGCUCUGGUGAAAACCCCAGUAUCAGGCAUCCAUGCUGCUCCCCUAAAUCGUUUGACUCCUCAGCAGAGAAAAUGUACAAAACAUGCUUUUCUUCUUUUUCUUUUGUAAAGUUAGUAUUCCAAUCUAAAUUCUUAUGACCUGGUGGCCUGAUAAAUAUGUGUACACAUGUAUACAUGCAUACACAUAUGUAUACUCUGUAGAAUGAUAAUAUCAGAACUUGAAAAAAUGAUGAUUAGUUUUAUAAGGCAUAUACAGAACACAAUAUAAUCUACUAGCCUUUGGGAAUUUUAUAUGUGGGGUCAGUUUUUCCAUUUUAAUUUUUGAAAAGUUAUCUGGUAAUAAUCUCUCACUUAUAGACCAUAUGGGAAAUUUAAAAAAUGUCUACCCUAAAACAAAUGCCACAGGAGCUGGGGAUUUAGCUCAGCGGCAUAAGCACCUGCCUUGCAAGCGGGCGGUUGUGAGUUCGAUCCCUGGUACCGAUAAAAAUGAAAAAGACAAAAAAAAAUGCCACUAUAACAUUAGAUAUUUCUGUGUAAUAUCUGACACCUUGAUCUACAGAGAAGAGAAAAUCAUUUAAAAGAAUCCUUUGUUGUACUGUACUAAAUCAUAAAAUAUUUCCACAAAAUUUUUGAAGAAACCAUAGACUCUCUCACUUUUAUAAAACUUAAAGUCCAGUGAUAAAAAGCCAAUAUUCUAACACUUCAAAAUGUAAUCUUUUAAUAAUUUUAAGAAUAUGAGUUUCAGAUGUCACAACUACCUUUAAAAAGAAACUAUUAACAGUCCAUUUGCAAAGACUUUAUGCAAAGACUUAAUAUAAAGAUCACUUAUUCCAACUUUAUUUUAUGGAUUAAAAGUUAGAAAUAUCAACUCAAUUUUUUAACUGCACUGAACAUACAGAAAAUAAAAAACAAGGUCAGAUAAUACCCUGUUAUAUUCUUAUUGUAUGUUUGGUCUAUAAGAAUAAUCUCAAAUCACUGAACAGCCAACUUCAUUUAAGAAACUUUCACAUUGGGAACAAUGUAUCACUGGAAUGGUUUGUACCAAAUGGAUUAUGCUGAUAUAAACUAUGUCAAUAUGGUUCUGGAUUUAAUAUUCCAGUAUUCUCUGUGAUAGGAGUGAUCACAAAUGUUUGUAUACAGUGUAAUCAGGCCUGUUUACAUUCUUCUAUACCAAGCAUAUUCAUGGCAAGUCUAAUAUUAUUUGAUUAAUUUACAUUUUAGAAAUGACAUGGAAAAAUUUGGAAGUGACAUGGAAUUUAGAAAAGAUAUAGAAAAAUUUGGUGAAAUAGUACAGUUGAGUCAGCAUCUUCAACUCUGAAGGUGGCAAGGACCCAAAGGAAAUGAAAAAUGAGUUCCCAUAGUGACUAUGCCAGAGCACGUGGGUGGAGCUCACAUGACAAUCUCCACUGGACCCAGGGAAAUCAAAGCACUUUGAAAAUCACCAAAGGUAAAAGAUAGGAUAAACAAUGGAGUAAGCUAGAGCUCCUGAGAUCCUAUGAUCUCUGCAAAACAAUGGACUUAUUUCUUAUACAUGUGGCCAUUCUUUGCCAAAAAAGGACAUGAACUUCCUUAAGAAUGCUUUUGAGCUGAUAUGGAGAACGAAGGGAUCUUUUCAGGAAGUAAAAAUAAAUACAAUCUGGCAGCAGAGUAGAAUUCCAUCUAACAGAGGUCUGAACUCAAAAGUCAAUAAUGGAACAUUCCACUAUGCCUGCAAUGGUACAAAGAGUCCCAGUCACGAGGUCCAGUGUUCGUCAGUCACCAGGACUAGUAAGCACCCCUGGCGAGACACACAUAAGAAUUAGGUGGGAGGUCAUCUCCAAAUGUGCUUUAUUUGUUCCUACUCCAAGAAAUGGUCCUUUUUUUCAGGUGAUUUUAAUGCCCAAAGUCCUCUGGAUUCACCUUGAAAACCACUGGGUUCUGAGCUCUUCAAUUCUCUUAAGUUAUCAAAUAAUUUUUUAUAAAAAACUAAGCAGAGAACUCCUGGAGGGCAAAUGUGUUUCUCAUUGUAUUUCACAAAUCAUCUAAACUUGGGUGUUGUCCCCGAUAUCUGCUAAAUGAAUAAAUGUAUCAGUGAACUCCAAAGUAAGGAGUACAUUAGAAAAUCUCAGUCAUCCCCAGUUUGCCCAUAAAGCUAUCAAGAUACAAUAAUUGUUUUUGCUUGUUUUUAGUUUUUUAAGCAUUUUUCAUGGCUCAGUGACAGGCACUGCUUUGUGUAUCAGUUAGUGUUCAAAACAGUACUUAGAUACAGUAUGUGUGAUGAUUUCAGUAACACUCUCUUCUCCGUUACCUAACGUAACAAUGAGAGAGGAAGAUCAAAGCAUUGGCUCUGUUUUCAAGAAGGUCACUAUUUAGUGAUGACAUAUGAACACAGAAGCAUAAAAUAAAAGCAGAUAAAAUAGUUGGGAGUCACGUGGUGUGAUUUCGUACCGCAUAUAAUAACCACAUUAUUCAGAAGAAAGAGGGCCUAAGGUGUUCUGGGACCAUGAAGGAAGACUUUGUAGAGAAGAUAGAUUUGAUUUAGAUUGUAAAAGCCAAGAGGAUCCAUACAAGAGAAAAAAGACGAAUAAGAACAGAUAAACAAAAUAAAAUUUAGAGCAAGACUCUGAGUACUAGAACACAAAUCCUAAGCAGCCCAGUUCAUCAGCGAUUUACUAAGGAAGGCAGUCUGGAUAAGUAAAUAAAUAAAUUGAAAUAAAAUAAGAAAGGGAACUACCUAUAUUUAUAUUUGGUCAGAAAAAAGUCACCCAUAUCCAAGUAUAAAGUAGAAAUGUACAUAGGCAAGCUAUGUUUAUUUUGUAAACUUUGUGAGUUUCAUUUAUUAUGUAUAGAAAACAUAGUAUACUAUUUGUCAUGUAAGUGUUAUAAUUCCAAAUGUAUUCUUAGAGUCCUAAUUUUCCAAGUGACUGUAUAUAUCUUUUUGGUAUAUUAUAUUGUCAUCAUAUAUUGACAACUACGUAUAUGUGUGUAUGCAUUUAGAGGUCCUUAACUACUCUGAAGUUACCAAGUAUGAUAACCGUAGAAAUCAGUGCUAGCUCAGCAAGCCAGACAAUUCAAAAACUUAAGCUUUGACAUUGAAGAUUGAACAUCAAAUAUUAAAUUGAAAAACGCAUAGUGAUUAGCUUCAGGUUACUAUGACAACUUGAUUGAUUUGCAUGUUGCUUAUGAUGUGCCUCUGAAUGCCUUGGCUUCCUUCUCCCAGCUUUAGGAGGCUGCAUGCUGACUCUUCAUCAUUUGAGAAUUUACUAUUGCAUGCUUUUGGGACAAAUACUCUCCCCUAAGAAAGUGCGGUGUUAUGUGAUCUACAGUGGGAAAUGUGUGUCUGUUUCAACAUGUGUGCGGUGAGCAAUAAAACAUCAGACUAAAA